AUGGAGUUCUUCAUUCUGCUCACCUUGGCUCUCUGUUCAGAUGCCAUGGUCAUGGAUGAAAAGGUGAAAUCAGGCAUUGUGCUAGACACAGCUUCUGCCAUCUGUAACUAUGAUGCUCACUACAAGGACUACACCAAAUACUGGUGCCGGGGCUAUUUCCGAGACUCAUGCAACAUCAUCUCCUUCACCCCCAACAGCACCAACCGUGUGGUUCUGAAGGACACAGGAAAUCAACUCAUUGUCACUAUAUCUUGCCUGGUCAAGGAGGAUGCAGGCUGGUACUGGUGUGGUAUCCAGCGGGACUUUGCCAGGGAUGACAUGGAUUUUACACAGCUGAUUGUGGAUGACAACAGAAAGGGCCUGGCCAAUGAUUUUUCACCUGGCCCUUCAGGCAACAAGAACAGGAGUUGCAGGGCUUCGAAAACUGUCCAAAAGGCAGCCGGCUCCAGAAUGUCCACCCUGAUCAUUUUCAUACUGAUGACUGGUUUGGGGAUCAUCUUUAUUGUCAGCCAUUUAUCCAGGAGAAGGAGAAGUCAAAGGAAUAGAAGAGGUAAGUGCCUCCCUAGAAGCCCCAAACUCAGUCAAGAUCCUUCUGUGGUCUCCAUACCCUUGAAAGCCUACUCCUUUAUCACACCCCCUUCCACUGGCUUCUCCCUUGACUCCUACUGCUGGAAGCUGCUGGAUGUUCCCUCUCCAUCAUAG